AAUAAUAACUAUUUUUGGUUCCUAGUCUAUUAUCGCCUGUUAGCAGACAUGCUACUUAGGUGCUCAUAACAACUUCAUGUGGGUAUGAAGCCUUGUCCCCGCCGACCCACGCGCAAACUGAGAUUUAGAUUAAGCAGGCAUUUUGAGGAUAGUCUCUAGUUAGGAUAAGAGGUCGAGUUCAAAGUCGUGACUGAGUGGUGCUUGCCACUAUUGUCAGUUACUGUCUCUUAACGUUACUUUGAAUUCCAGGAGUCCAUUUUAAGGGACGAGAUGGUCAGAGUCUUGCAGCCUCUUUACAGCCACUUCCACCUUGAGAAGUGGUGCAGGCUGUGGCUGGAUGAGGGCUUUCACAGAGGCUAGCACUAAGGUUCUAGGAAGUCUAGUGGGAGGAGCUGGGGGAGGUGGGGCCAAGGGACUACCUAUCCCAGCAUUCCUCGGGCUCCUCCCUGCGGAGCUCACGUCACGUGGGCGGUACAGGCGACAUUCUGCCUUGGUGGCUGGGGGUUGCAGACCAGCGCUGUGGAGCAGGAGGAACAGCCUAGUGGUGCCGCUGAUCCUGACUGUCCCAUGUUUUAAAACCUGGCCGGAAAUUGUCUUUGAGAAAGGAUCCCUCCCCACCCCCACCUCCCCUACGGCACAAACAGAAAUCGAGGUGUGUGACGCAUUCCCAGACCAUCCUGCAAACUCAACACCAGCGACUUCUCUGUGCCUGGGUCCAGAUAAAGGUCCUUUCAAGGCUGACUUCACUGGAUCUACUCCACCAGGUCUUCCUGACCUUACUACAUCACUGUCAAGUGCUAUUGGCGAGACUGCCUGCACCAGCAGAAGACUUACCGGAUCCAUCAGAGCGUCUGUUUCACCAGAGCAAAGCAAGAGCCUGUGUGGUUCUGCCUCCCGCUAAUACUGGACAGGAAAAAGCAACUGGCUUGGACUAGAGGCCUGGCUUUCCUUUGAAGGAGCUAUUCUGUGAUCUGUGCUGCUAGUAAGUGACUGACAGUAUUCUAGACUGGACUGGUCCCUGAGUACAGAGACUGAGUUGCAAUUAAGUGAAGAAUAAACUUCAAGAUCUUGAAGAACUGCACUAAGGUGCAAGCCAGGUUCAGCACUCCAGUGUUGUUGAACUGACAAGUUGCUAAAGGAAACUGUAACUGGACUGACUGUUGCUUAUUGCUUCCCUCUCUCUGUCAUUGUUGCUUUUUGUUGUUACAUUGCUUUGUGUUGUCUAUCUAAGCCCAGAUGUUCUCCGAUAAUUCACACUGCCCUGAUUGUGGGCAGCAGUGGUUCCCUAGUUUAGAACUAGGGCACUGGUUGUACCAAACUGAACUUGUUGAAAAUGAAUGUUACCAAGUGUUCUUAGACCGUAUUAACAGGGCUGACUACUGCCCUGAAUGUUACCCUGACAAUCCUGCUAAUAGAAGCCUUGUUCUGCCUUGGUCUUUCCCACUUGAGUGGGCACCUCAAAAUCUUACCAGGUGGACCUUUGAAAAAGCUUGCCAUCCAUUUCUUCUGGGUCCUCCACUGGUUAGAAAAAAGAUACAUGACUCCAGAGUAGCUGGCUUUAAUCCUGCAUUACAAUUAAUUUUGUCCAGAACAGACAAAACCUUAAACAAGAAACUUGGCCAAAGCAAAUGACUUGUGUAACAGAAUCAUGGAGACUCUCAAGGGCUUUGUGUUCAUAGCCUAGGGGAGAAGAAGAAUGAACUUGUUUCUGUUUUCCUUCUCUUUUUCUUUCUUAGUAUUUUUUUAAGGUGCUGGGGAUUGAAUCUGGGUGCCUUGUGCAUGCUAGGCAAGUGCUCUUCCACUAAGUUAAACCAAGGCUCCCCCUUUCUAAGACUGACUCAGACUGCUGUUACUACUCUGUCAACUGCAUAAAGUGUUGGGUCUGCUUCUGUGGUCUAUGCAUAUUUUAGCAUAAAUUUAGUUGAUAUUGCAGCCAGAGUAUUUACCUAGAACCAGACUAACCUAUAGCCCCUAUAAAUGCUUUAGAACUACCUGGCCCCUCUUGAAAAUCACCACAACCUAAGUAUUGAUAAGAUAAUGUAGUCCUGGAGGGGAGGCCCCAUGUUGUAUGCCCUAUUAACUGUUUUUCUAUCAGUACCUGUUAUAAGAACAUGUUCUUGUAGCUGGAUUCUAGAUUCUAAUAAAUUUUAAUACACUACAUUGUUCUAAUUUUCUCCUCUUAUAUUGAUCAAUAAUGAGAGAUGUGUGUAUGUACAUGUAAAUAUUUUUUCAUAUAUAUAUAUAACCAUUCUUUGACACUGUUCUAUCCUCAGUGUAAGUAUUACAGUGUUGAUAACUGGUCCUGUCACAUACUAUUUGGCAAUACCUACACAGGUUACAGAAAAUGUGUUACUGCUGCCAGUUUACACUUACUUGUCUCUAUAAAACCAAAGACUGUCUUGUCUUGUGGUGGCUGAACUCAGUGUCCUCCCAUGGAAAUGGAAAAAUAACCUAGGCUAUGGAGUUUAUAACAAAUGAUAAAGCUUGACUCCGUAUAACUUUAGAGUGGUCUAGUGGAUGCUCUGGCUUAGCCGUAAGAAUGUGCUACUGAACAUUGGCCACGCUCUAGGAUUCUGGUCAUGGAAAUCAUGGAAUCAGAUUUGGAGUUAAGCAACUUAGAAAAGGCUCCUGGGAACAUCUGAGAAGCCACUGGACAUUUUUAAUUUUUCACUUAAGAUUCUAGGUGAUCCAGUGCCUGUGUAGAAGCAGAGACGUCAAGGGCCCAGGUUGUUCUCUUUCCUCUCCAGGGUCUUUAUGGUCUUUGUUCUCAUGAGAGUUUUUAAAUGGGUUCAGUAUGGUUCGUUGUGCCGACAAUUCAGUCACAACCAGAAGCAGGGGGCACCUGGCUUGCUUUCUUACGAGUCUUAAUUUGGAAAUAAAAUCUUUUUGAAAUGACUCAGCAGGUUUUUUUGUUUUUGUUUUGAUCUCAUGAGCAGGUACUGAUUCAUGCACUAGUCUCAGAAAGAAUUGGCAAAGGAGAAGAUUGGGCUUUCCCUUAUAUGGCACGGCACCUCCGCUGAUAAAACUGACAUCCCUUAAGUGGGGAAGUGGAGGACUAGUUGUUGAUAUGCAAUAAAUCUUGCUUUCCACAUGUGAA